UAUUUUCUCUAGUGUAUAAUGAUUUAUGUAUAUCAUUGUUAGGCCUCAUUAGGGCCUUAGGUACAACACUUCUAGUAAGACCAUCCAUGGUCAAAAAACUUUUUACAGCCAAACCCUAGAAGCUUCCCUCAUUUGGCAAAUUUCUUUAUAUUUUCAGCAGUAUUUAGUACUUUGAACACAACAGACCCACGGAUUUCUGCUUUCACAGAACACUUGAUACAGGUUUGCUAGACAAACAAAAGGGUGGCACAUUCAGCUCCUUGACAUGGCAGGCCAGAGGAAUAACUACGGUAAGAGAAUGCAAUCGGAAUCCGACUAUUCCAGGAGUGAUGGAAGUAAGAGGAGGACUCCAACUGAUGAGAAGGAAUCAAAUUCCAUUGGACCAGAGGAUACUGUUUUUCGUUAUUUAUGCCCCACAGGAAAAAUUGGAAGUAUCAUUGGAGUUGGUGGGGACAUUGCAAAACAAUUGAGGACUGAAACUAAUUCAAAGAUUAGGAUUAGUGAGACCAUACCUGGCUGCGAGGAGCGUGUUGUAACUAUUUAUAGUGGAAGUGAAGAAACUAAUAUCUCUGAAGAUACUGGUGACCUGAUUUCACCUGCUCAAGAUGCUCUAUUUAGGGUGCAUGACAGAGUCCUUGCUGAAGAGCUGCGUAUGGACGAAGAUCUGGAGGAUCAUCAGAUUACUGUAAGGAUGAUUGUCCCAUCAGAUCAGAUAGGUUGUGUGAUAGGGAAUGCUGGACAAGUGAUCCAGAAUUUACGAAGUGAAACAGGUGCGCAGAUUCGGGUGUUAAGCAGUGAGCACUUGCCCCCUUGUGCUCUAAACUCGGAUGAGCUUCUCCAGAUAACCGGUGAAGUUGCAGUUGUUAAGAGAGCACUUUAUCAAGUAGCAGCACGCCUCCAUGAUAAUCCAUCAAGGUCCCAACAUCAGUUGCUGUCGUCACCCAGCAUAUAUAGGUCUGGUGCUGGACUUGUGAAUCCUCAUGCUGGUAGCCAAGUCAUGGGUGUGACAUCAUUGAUGGGUCCUUACGCAAGUUACAAAAGUGAUGGUAGAAGUAGAUCGUCUUCUGUAAAGGAGUUUGCAGUUCGUUUGGUUUGUCCAAUUGAGAAUGUAGGAGCUGUAAUUGGCAAAGGUGGAGGAGUUAUCAAACAGCUAAGACAGGAAUCAGGUGCAUCUAUUAAAGUCGAUAGUGCUGCGGCUGAGGGAGAUGAUUGCAUUAUAUUUGUAUCAGCAAAGGAGACAUUUGAAGAUCAAUCCCCUACCAUCGAUGCAACAAUGCGUUUGCAACCAAGAAGUAGUGAGAAAACUGAAAAAGAAUCCGGUGAUGCUAUUCUUACGACUCGCCUGCUUGUACCUAGUUCACGAGUUGGAUGCCUUAUUGGUAAAGGUGGUUCCAUUAUCACUGAGAUGCGGAAUUCCACAAGGGCAAGCAUCCGCGUUCUUUCGAAGGAAAAUCAUCCAAAAGUGGCAUCCGUAGAUGACGAGAUGGUGCAGAUUACUGGAGAUGCUAAUGUUGCUGCCAAUGCGUUAUUGCAAGUACUUAUGCGGUUGAGGGCCAAUGCAUUUGAGAUGGAGGGAUCUUUUCCUGCAUUUUCUCCUGGCCUUUCUUAUGCCCCCAUGCCUGCAAGCGUGCCAGAUGGCUCAAGAUAUGGUAACCGUGAUAAUCGAUCACGUCGGCAUGGUUAUUCAUCUUAUUCAGGUGGACAUGAUUACAGUGAUUUGUCUCCAAGGGAUAGUUAUGGUGGCUCACAGGUUGGUAAUGGAGGCAAUUAUGCACCAUAUGGCGUUUAUUCCUCUGGGCGACCUAGUAGUUCAGGGGUUUCCAGCCAUAAUCCUUCUGCCUAUGGAAAAUCUUAUGGAUACUAGGGUGUAGAGGGUUAUUAGCAGCCGGAGGUACAGAAUUUCACCUUUUUUUGGUCUUAUACAUAAAUUAAUGGGCAUCUCUGUUCUGUACUUCAGUAUAGCCUCAAGCACAUCUUCCUUUUGAUAACUUUGACUAGCCUGAAGCCUGUAUUGCAUCUCUAAUGCUCUUUCUUUUACUUUGCCUUUUCACACUUGCCAUCUAAACAGCUAUCAUCUCCGAUGCCUGUUCCAGACCAUUGCCCGACCCUAUUGACGAAGCCUCCAGCCUAAGAACAGAGGACCAGACGAGCAAGAUAGAGAAACUUGUGGCCAUCCUUGCCCUAGUAUUUCUGUUUCUUAGGUGUUACCAGAAUAUAUAUUGUAAUGAAACAACACCUCUUAGUCAUUGAAGGCCUUUUGUACCCAAAAUACCUUUGCUUUAGCAGUAUUGUGUAGCAGACUAAGUCAUGACAGUUUGAUAUGGUGGUUCUUCUUUACUUUGUGUUUGUUUGUUUGUGUUCUUAAGUACCUUUGUGACGUAGUGGUGUCACUUUUACUGUUGACCAGUUAUGCUACAGGAUUGAAACUCUGUUGCUUUCUCUUGCAUCGAUUUUUUUCAUGUUUUCUCGACAGCUUUCCAGUAAUUGAACAAAAGUUCAAGAAAGUCAGGUUUCUGCAUUUCAGGAGGUAAAAAUGUCAUGUUUUCUUGACAGCUUUUCAGUUAGUGAUCUUGUAUAUGACAUGAUUCCUGCUAUUGGGUUCUAUCCUCGUGAACGAAACCCCUUCUGUUAGUUGCUAGCACAGAGCUUUUAAGAGAUCAAUCAAUAGCUAAUUAUGAUCAAAAUUCACAUUCACGUUUGCAUGCUAUGGUAUACACUAAGAAGGCAGAUUUCUACUUGAGCAGUGUUUAAUUUUCUUCUCUUGCUUCUCUAGUGUAGGACGUACUUGGGAUUGAGAAUUGCUUUUCCGAUAGUUGAGUAGGCACGAAUAUAAUUUCAGAGCUUUGCUAUAUGUGGUAAACCUGUGUCUUAUCUUGUUAAUAUUCAUGCUCCCUUGGCCUCAAGGAAAUGACGGCGUUCCUUUGGCCUUUAGGAAAUGAUGGUGUUGGUCACUGCUUGAUGUCUGAUCAUUUUAUGUGAUCGAUUCUGCAGGAUUGAUAGAAAAUUUAGUUCUUAUGAUAAAUUCCAAAGGUAAGUACUUCUCUUUCUUGCAAAUGUUAUUUCUUACACCGUGAGAGGAUACAUUAUUUUGGUAGGAACAUAUACAUCCUACUGUCAAAACAUUUCAGGAGGAAAGAAAGCUCUAUAACGUGCAUUGCCAAUUGCUUUUUGCCCUUUGGAGCGCUUCAUGAAGGGGGGGUUCCAUGUCUACAUAUGUGUUAUUUCAUUAUUUGAGAAUGGAUUCUCUUUGCUCUGUGCUGUUUGAUAAGAGUUCUGCACUGUACUUUGAAAGCUGGUCGUUUGUGGACGGCUGAGCAUAGUUACUCUUUACUGUGGCCUUUGAAUGGUCCAUUCAAAGCGUCGAUGCAAUAGAGUUCAUUGAAGCGACUUAUUCCUGGAAAUAAGAAGGCGUUAAAAUAUUGUCAUUUCUAUUUGGUCCCAACAGGAUUCAUAUGUAAAUAUACUGGUUUUGUUGAGUUCAUGUUAAGAAUAUUUCAUUUUUAAUAUAUAUGGUUUUGUUUUGUGGAA